AUGGCGAGACCAAACGAAAUAGACGAACCCUUCUCAAAGCUGGUCCUGGACCCCUCAUCACCACCUCUCCCACUCCUCACCAAACCCAAAAAGUCAACCCUCCGCAACCUCUUCACCCUCAAAUCCCCUCCACCUCUCCAAACAACUCCCCUCCCCUACAACCCCCUCAGGCAAAACGAAAUCCGCCUCGUAAACCUCCAUGCAGGACCUCCCUCAACCCCAAUAACCCUCACAACCGAACCAAUUCCCCUCUCAUCAGCAGAAUACACAGCCCUCUCCUACGUCUGGGGCGACCCGUCCGACACCCUCCCCCUCCACGUCGAUAACCACCUCUUCCACGCUACGGAAAACCUCCACUCCGCCCUCCAGCACAUUCGUCUCUUCCUGAAGCCGUCGCAGCUAGUCCCGCUAUGGAUCGACGCAAUCUCGAUAAAUCAGGCAGAUACCGCAGAGCGGAGCCAGCAAGUCUCGCAGAUGCGGCAGAUUUAUACUUCAGCGGAUUUAGUCUUGACCUGGCUCGGCCCAGAUCUCGCACCGGGGCUGACGUACCUCCGCGAAUUGGGCGACCACGCCCUCGCCGUCUCUCAGAAUCGUAUAGAACCGCCGAAACUUCUUCCCAGCCACGUUAAAGACCGGUAUACCACCAUCCGGGAGACUGUAAAAGUCUUUCAGUGUACUUACUGGAACCGAGUCUGGACAGUACAGGAGUACACCGCUCCCACCGACCUCGGGGUCUUCCUCUCCGGCACGGCGUGGGUAGAUCGCACUGCCUUCCUACCCGCCACCAUCCUCUAUACGCAAGCACUGCACUGGCUUAGAGAUGGCUUGCGGAGGCGGGGCGCGGAUGCCUCGUUUGUGGACGCGACGCUCGCGAGGGUGAAGAAGGUUGUUCAUGAUCUCAAGAUGAGCUAUGCGCGGAUGGCGGCUUCCAACGAAAGGGAUGGAUCGUCCGAUGGGGUGAAAAUCUCUUCUGAAGCAGGGCUGACCCGGCGGGUCGGAUCAAGGCACGAGGAAAUUCCAACGGUCCGCAGAUUUAAUCUCAUCAGCCUGCUGUUACGGUUCCGCGAUCUUCAGGCGACAGACCCACGAGACCGCAUCUAUGCACCCUUGAACCUCCUUGAUAACGAUAUUGGGAAAGAUCGCCAUAUUCUCGUGGAUUACUCCCUCACUGUCCAACAACUCUACAUAUCCGUCGCCAAGUGCCUCCUAGAAGAUGAAGAUUACUGGCCUCUAAGCAUCCUCGAAAUCUGCCGCUUGGGGUCAUCCGAUCUACCGUCGUGGGUUCCAGACUGGCAAGUCCUUUCAAGAAAAGUACUUUCGAGGGACGUCACCACAGGAGAGCAGAUUCUCUGCGCGAGCAAGGGAUACCCCGUUGACACAAAGCUGUGGAGGGUGUUGGGCGACAAUCAGUUGCAGAUAACAGCUGUGCAGGUUGAUGUUGUCGUGGAAGCAUUGGAGGCAUUCGAUGCGCUAAGCGUGCCUCGAACAAAGUCCUAUCCGACGUACACUCUCAAGAAUCCCUUUGAGAAGUACGUGAUCGGAGGGCAAACAGUGCUGGAGGCCUUCAACGGACUAGCAGGCAUCGUACCCAGAUCCGAAGAUGGUGAAGAGGUGGAAAUUUACCGCCAAGAGGAUUGGCAUCGCAACCCAGGCAUGAUGAGCCGCUUCAAUCGCCGCCGUUUGAUCCGGACUGAAAACGGCCUUGCUGGCCUUGCUCCGGCUGAAGCUGUGCAAGGCGACAAGAUCUGGCUUGUCCCCGGUGCGAACAUGUUUUACAUCUUCAGACCUCUAGCAGACGACGGAAGUCAUGCGCUCAUCGGUGAGCUUUACCUUCAAGGUCUCAUGCAUGGAGAGGCACAGGAGUUCCUAGGCGAUGCUGGAACGCAAACUGUCAUUACACUCAUUUAG